GACAGUGACAUGACUUUUCAUAGAAUCAAUUUCACACCCCGUGAAAUCGAAAUCAUACUUAUAUAAUUAAAUAUUCGAAAACCAUUUCCUCACAGAGUACUUACGCAAAGCCUUUUAAAAAUAGGAGAGAAGUUCAAUGUGCAUUGAGUCUAACAAAAACCAGUCCAAAAUAUUUUAUAAAAUAAAUUUAUUUGACGUAAACACCACUCUAAUACAAGGGAGUUCUCUAUCGAAUUCGAAACUCAAUGUGGUCGGAUGAAACUUCAUCUGACUGACUGAACUUGACAGAGUGAGGUUACGUUAUACUAACUAAGCAAAAAUAAUGAGUGUUUGUUUUUAUUGCAACUACAUGAAUAUGAAUUAACAUGGGACCAGAACCAGAAGAUAUUGAGCCAGUUGCAUGCCGAGGCUGCCUUGUGUCCAACGUCAAACUUUAUUGUAUUGAAGAAAGACGUUUGGUCGAGAACUAUGCUCAGUUUGUUGGAAUUUCGCUACAAGACCACUACACACAAUACCUGUGCGCCAUCUGUGCCACACAGCUGUGGAAGUUCUCCUCAUUUAAAGAGAGAUGCCGGAAAGCUUACCAGUUCAUUAUGGACAUUGAGUUCAAUGGAGCAAAUCUUACACCAUCUUGGGAAUCAGACUUACAGAACUAUAGUAAAGAGUUGAAGCUGAAAUUUGUACAGACAGAAACGCAAACAUGUGAUUUAGGUAAAGAAGAGGAUUGUGUGGACUGUGAUGUGAAAUUAGAAGUUAUAGAUAGUCAUCAACCAGAAAUAAAUGACAAUGAUUCAAUUGAUGAUGAUGAUACAGUCAUUUUUAUAAUUGAAUCUGACCACAAUUAUGUGAAGCAGGAAUGGGAUGACAAUGAGAACGUUGAAGUCGUUGAAGAGUUCCUAAACGACACCGAUUUCGAAGAUAGCGAUGUAAGUUUCGAAAGGAUCGAUAUUAAAAACGAAUUUUGUUACACCGAUGAUGAGCAAGAUAUAUGUCUUGAUAAUAAAUAUGUGGAAAUUGAAAACAAAGACACAAGUCUUGAAAGUAAACUUGUGAAAAGAAAGAAAAAGUCGAAAAACAAUUACAAAGUCACGCCCGAGGAAAUCGCGAAGUAUGCCGCGUCACUCAACUUCACUGCGACGUUUUUGACAGAAGAAGAGCAACGCAAGGAAAUUGCACAGAGGAAAUUGUUGAAAAACAACCGUUGCGUACAAUGCGAGCUAUGUUACAAAAACUGCACAUCGGAGCAGAGAUUGAGUAAACACAAACAAGUUUCGCACAAUGAGAAUUUAACAAGCGUGUGUAGAAUUUGCUAUUUUCGCUAUAGAACCAAUACAGAGUUGAAAAAACACAUGAGAAUGCAUGCAGUUGUAUUCAAAUGCAACGGUUGUUCGUACACAACAAAAUUCAAAGAUGCUUUGCACAGUCAUAACCAGUCACAUAAAGGGAAGAAGUAUAUUUGUGAUCAUUGUAAGUGUGAGUUUGAUAAAGCUACAUCAUAUUUUAGUCAUGUGAGACUGCAGCAUUCAUCCGAGCUUCCGUGGUGCGAUCUUUGUGGAGAAUCAUUCUUGAGUGCUUACGGGAUUCGAAGUCAUAAGAAGAAAAUGCAUAGAGACCUUUCAGCGGAGUUGUCUUGCGAGGAAUGUGACGCAAAAUUUUGUAGUGACACAGCUUUGGGUAAACACGUGGAGUUGAAGAUAUGUGACCAGCAGUGCUGUGCUCAGUGCGGGCAAGGCUUCCCAACUGAACAGUCCUUUAGAUACCAUCUAAUACAUUAUCAUGGAGCAACACAACCACAGCUUGUUUGUCAAGAAUGCAACGUAGUGUUCCCGAAUAUGCCAGCUCUGAAGAGGCACCAAGAAGUGUGUGGUCUAUUUAGUUUUGUUCCGUGCGUUCAGUGCGGCGCCUCGUUUGAGGGAGAAGCCGCCAUGUUGGAUCAUGUGAAAGAGAAGCAUAGUGAACAGAGCGAGGGGCCGGACUUCAAGUGUGUUGAGUGUGACAAAGAGUUUACGAGUGCAUAUUACUACAGGUGUCACAUAGCGCAGCGCCAUUUAAGGCCGUCGAGAGUACAGCCGGGCGGGUCGAAGCGUCCACGUCAAAAACGCAUAUACAAGCCUAAAAAGAAAGAUACGUCUAAAAAGAAACAGCGAACUGUAUACGCUGGGCACAGGACGGAACCCUAUGUCAGAAUAUGGCGGCCGUCGGUCACCGGCGGCGUCGAAGUGUUGAACGAAAGGGGUCGCGUGUAUCACAACCCGGCGGUUCUGAAGGCUGUCUGUGAGAUUUGUGGCAAAGGAUAUAGAUGUGAAGCGGUGCUGCGGGAGCAUAAACUAAGCCAACAUUCUGGCCUGAAGCCUCAUCGAUGUGAAGUUUGCGCUAAAGGAUUCGUGAACAAAGACUAUCUCAUGAAACAUAUGAUACUUCACACGGACGAAAGAGAUUUUCAAUGUGAAUACUGUCCGAAAGCGUUUAAAACCCGUUCUGGACUGGUCAGGCAUCACUUGAUGCACACAGGUGUUCGCUUGCACUGUUGUCACAUCUGCAACAAGCAUUUUGCGACUUCUACAAGUGUCAAACUUCACAUAAAGGGUGUUCACAUGAAGAUUCCCGCUCCGCGAAGAAUCAGACACAGGGGAAAGAAGAAAGGGGAAAGUGAAGACGUGAAAAUAUUGUUUGACGAUUAGGGCAAACUAACAAAAAUUGUGUAAAUACGCUGGGUUGCGGCAGACGGGUGGGGUACGCGGUUCGGCCGUAGCUCCGCCUAUACCUAGGUCGCGCUAGGCUAAUAGCAAGAACACUUUGUAAAUAGUGUUCGAAUUGAUUGUGAAUUACAGCUGUUGUAAUUGUUGUAAAUAUUUUUUAUAUGUUUCCUAAAUAAUUAUUAUUUUUCCUAUUCUACUGUAUGUGUCACCUACACUAGCUAAUAUAGUAAUUUAAAAAAAUAUAUUUAUUUCAGGUCUUUUAAUAAUUGUCAUUCGCAAAAAUUACAUUAUUCAAAUUUUCUGGAAUAAAUCAUAAGAAAUUACAUACAAAAAACAAAUUGUCAUAGACUGGUCAGGGAAAUGGUUUUGACUAUUAGAUUGUAAUACUUCAGGAUAUGUUGUAAUUGUAAUAAUUGCCUGUGUAUAAAGUAUAUGUAUAAAUGCAUUCACAUAUGGAACACGAUAAUCAAAUGUCACUAUUUUAUUUAUGGUACAUAAAAUUUAGUUUAUUCACAUUAAUGUAUAAUUAAAACUCUUUUUACAAG